AUGGGAAAAGAAGGCGCCUUAUCAGUUAGCAACGAAUUUGCCCACUCUGAAGCGGCCAGUUCCGAAACAUCUAGUCUGUCUCCUUCUCCCGAAAAACCUAACAGUUCCCCAAGCAGCAACUUGCACACCUACCGUAAUAUAGGUGUUACUCCUGGUAGCAAAAUGCCCUCACUUGGCUCCAUGAGUCCGUCUCAAACGUCGCCAAAUUCUAAAGAUGCUGUUAGUAUUCAGAAUACUGACAGCUCCGAAACAUCUAAGCUUUCUCCUAUCGCCACAAAAGCUGACAGUUCAUCAGAGACCAAGUUGAAGCCCAACCGUAAGAUAGGUCUCGCUUCCGGUAGCAAACUGCCCUCAUCUGGCUCCCUUAGUCUGUCUCAUACGUCGCCAGAAUCUAAGGAAGCUGUUAGUCUUCAGGAUACUGAUAGCUCCGAAAAGUUCAACGUGUCUCCUAUCGUCGAAAACCCCGACAGUUCAUCAGGCAGCAAGUUGAACCCCAACCGUAAGACAGGUCUCGCUUCUGGUAGCAAGCUGCCCUCAUCUGGCUCCCUUAGUCUGUCUCAAAAGUCUUCAGAAUCUAAGGAUGCUGUUAGCCUUCAGGAUACUGAUAGCUCCGAAAAAUUCAAAGUGUCUCAUAUCGACGAAAAACCCGACAGUUCAUCGGAGAGCAAGUUGAACCCCAACCGUAAGACAGGUCUCGCUUCUGGCAGCAAACUGCCCUCAUCUGGCUCCCUUAGUCUGUCUCAAAAGUCGUCAGAAUCUAAGGAUGCUGUUAGCCUUCAGGAUACUGAUAGCUCCGAAAAGUUCAACGUGUCUCCUAUCGUCGAAAACCCCGACAGUUCAUCAGAGAGCAAGUUGAACCCCAACCUUAAGACAGGUCUCGCUUCCGGUAGCAAGCUGCUCUCAUCUGGCUCCCUUAGUCUGUCUCAAAAGUCUUCAGAAUCUAAGGAUGCUAUUAGCCUUCAGGAUACUGAUAGCUCCGAAAAGUUCUACCUGUCUCCUAUCGCAGGAAAACCCGACAGUUCAUCAGAGAGCAAGUUGAACCCCAACCGUAAGACAGGUCUCGCUUCUGGCAGCAAACUGCCCUCAUCUGGCUCCCUUAGUCUGUCUCAAAAGUCGUCAGAAUCUAAGGAUGCUGUUAGCCUUCAGGAUACUGAUAGCUCCGAAAAGUUCAAAGUGUCUCCUGUCGACGAAAAACCCGACAGUUCAUCAGAGAGCAAGUUGAAGCCCAACCGUAAGACAGGUCUCGCUUCCGGUAGCAAACUGCUCUCACCUGGCUCCCUUAGUCUGUCUCAAACGUCGCCAGAAUCUAAGGAAGCUGUUAGUAUUCAGGAUACUGAUAGCUCCGAAAAGUUCUACCUGUCUCCUAUCGCAGGAAAACCCGACAGUUCAUCAGAGAGCAAGUUGAACCCAAACCGUAAGACAGGUCUCGCUUCCGGUAGCAAGCUGCCCUCAUCUGGCUCCCUUAGUCUGUCUCAAACGUCGCCAGAAUCUAAGGAAGCUGUUAGUCUUCAGGAUACUGAUAGCUCCGAAAAGUUCAACGUGUCUCCUAUCGUCGAAAACCCCGACAGUUCAUCAGGCAGCAAGUUGAACCCCAACCGUAAGACAGGUCUCGCUUCUGGUAGCAAGCUGCCCUCAUCUGGCUCCCUUAGUCUGUCUCAAAAGUCUUCAGAAUCUAAGGAUGCUGUUAGCCUUCAGGAUACUGAUAGCUCCGAAAAAUUCAAAGUGUCUCAUAUCGACGAAAAACCCGACAGUUCAUCGGAGAGCAAGUUGAACCCCAACCGUAAGACAGGUCUCGCUUCUGGCAGCAAACUGCCCUCAUCUGGCUCCCUUAGUCUGUCUCAAAAGUCGUCAGAAUCUAAGGAUGCUGUUAGCCUUCAGGAUACUGAUAGCUCCGAAAAGUUCAACGUGUCUCCUAUCGUCGAAAACCCCGACAGUUCAUCAGAGAGCAAGUUGAACCCCAACCUUAAGACAGGUCUCGCUUCCGGUAGCAAGCUGCUCUCAUCUGGCUCCCUUAGUCUGUCUCAAAAGUCUUCAGAAUCUAAGGAUGCUAUUAGCCUUCAGGAUACUGAUAGCUCCGAAAAGUUCUACCUGUCUCCUAUCGCAGGAAAACCCGACAGUUCAUCAGAGAGCAAGUUGAACCCCAACCGUAAGACAGGUCUCGCUUCUGGCAGCAAACUGCCCUCAUCUGGCUCCCUUAGUCUGUCUCAAAAGUCGUCAGAAUCUAAGGAUGCUGUUAGCCUUCAGGAUACUGAUAGCUCCGAAAAGUUCAAAGUGUCUCCUGUCGACGAAAAACCCGACAGUUCAUCAGAGAGCAAGUUGAAGCCCAACCGUAAGACAGGUCUCGCUUCCGGUAGCAAACUGCUCUCACCUGGCUCCCUUAGUCUGUCUCAAACGUCGCCAGAAUCUAAGGAAGCUGUUAGUAUUCAGGAUACUGAUAGCUCCGAAAAGUUCUACCUGUCUCCUAUCGCAGGAAAACCCGACAGUUCAUCAGAGAGCAAGUUGAACCCCAACCGUAAGACAGGUCUCGCUUCCGGUAGCAAGCUGCCCUCAUCUGGCUCCCUUAGUCUGUCUCAAACGUCGCCAGAAUCUAAGGAAGCUGUUAGUAUUCAGGAUACUGAUAGCUCCGAAAAGUUCAACAUGUCUGCUAUUGCUGGAAAACCCGACAGUUCAUCAGAGAGCAAGUUGAAGCCCAACCGUAAGACAGGUCUCGCUUCCGGUAGCAAACUGGCCUCAUCUGGCUCCAAUAGCCCGUCUCAAACGUCGUCAGAAUGUAAGGAUGCUGUUAAUCUCCAAGUUAGUGAUAGCUCCGAAAAGUCCAACUUGUCUCCUUUCGCCGAAAAACUCGACAUUUCCUCAGAGAGCAAGUUGAACCCUAGCCGUAUGACAGGUCUCGCUUCCGGUAGCAAAAUGCCUUCACCUGGCUCCAAUACACCGUCUCAAACGUUGUCAGACUCUAAGGAUGCUGUUAGUCUUCAAGUUAGUGAUAGCUCCGAAACGUCUAACAUGUCUCCUUUUGCCAAAAAACCUGACAGUUCCUCUAAGAGCAAAUUGAACCCCAACCGUCAGAUAGGUCUCGCUUCUGGUGGCAAAAUGCCCUUGACUGGCUCCAUUAGUUCUUCUCAAACAUCGCCACAGGUUACGAAUGCUGCUCGUCUUCUCAGUAUUGAUAGCUCCGAAACACCCAACUCGUCUCCUUCCGCCGAAAGAGCAGACAACUCCUCAGAAAGAGUGUUGGAGGAUAACAGUUCAGUGAAUCCGUCUCCUGGUAGCAAAGUGCCCUCAUCUGGCUCAGUUAGUACCCCUGGUAAAUCACCAUCGCUUAAUACUGCAGACAGUUUCUCAGAUUUUGACACGUCCAGUGUCUCCGCAUCUGCCGAAACACCCAAAGAUAACUUACCUGCCAGCAACACAUUUCAAAGUAUUCCAGUAAGUAACCUGCAAGCCCCUUCCUCUGUUGACUCCCAAGAAAGCAUUUCUAAAACUAUGAGCAAUACUGUCAGUGCAGGCACUUCAGGUGCAUUUCAGCCUGUCAACAAGCCCAGUACCUCCUUUGUGGAUCCUUCUGCCAGCGACUUUCCAUCGAGUCUCUCUGCCGACACGGAAGCAGAUUAUUCUCCUGCCAGUGCCCAUAGCUAUCCCAUCAGUAGCUUUGCUCCUGCUGCACUUGCCACUGCCAUUCCUUAUUUGAACACUGCCAAUAAUUACUGGCUUUCCUGCUGGCCUUUCUGCAGCAAUUCACAUAACAGUGUCAACGUGCACCUGCCCAUGGCAAUGAUGUGCACACCUCCCAGUGCUAACAAGGCCAUUUUUGAUAUUCCCAUUAGCAACCCGUUUCCUGUUCUUUGCACGGAGGACAGAUUCUUACCUGACAUCGUUGUCGUCUGCAGAAAAGAUGUGGACACUACUCAGGGUGAACUUCUCGCCGACUCGCCGUCCAACUGUGCGAUGACUCCGCAACAACUGUCAUUGGACCAACUUAGUGAGGUGGCCCUGAGUGCAGUGCUAGCAGCUGCCAUCGCCAGGCCAGGUGGCAUGUCUGAAGUUGAGCCCUUACCAUGCUCGACAAAGAAAGGAGCAUCCGGCGCUGUCAUCUUGAAAGACAGAAUUGGAACCAACAUGCAAGCUGAAGACGCCACGUCAGUUAGUAGUGAAUCGGCCGAGGCUGAAACGGCCAGUUACGAAAGGACCAGCCUGUCUCCUUCCACUGAAAUACCUCACACUCCCACAGUAACCAGCUUGAAUGUAAAUCGCAAGGUAGAUCUUGCUUCUGGUAGCAAGAUGCCGCAAACUGCUUCCAUUAUUUCGUCUCAAGUGUCGUCAGCUCCCACGAAUGUUGCUAGUUAUCAUCAUAUUGAUAGCUCCGAGAUUCCCAAGUCGUCUGCUUCUGCCGAAAGACUUGACAGUUCCACAGAAGGCAAGUUGAAAGCGAGCAGUGAGCUAGCUCUCACUACUGGUGACCAAGUGCUCUCAGCCGGCUCCAUUAGUCAGUCUCAAACGUCUCCAGCUCCUAAGAAUGCCGCUAUUCUUCAGCACACUGAUAGCUCCGAAACUUCUAACUCAUUCCCUUCCGCCGAAAAAGCUGACUGUUCCCCAGAGAGCAUGUUGAAGACCGAAUCUAAAGUAGAUCUAGCUUCAGGUAGCAAAGUGCUUUUACCUGGCUCCAUUAGUCUGUCUCAAACGACUUCAGCUCCUACGAAUGCUGCUAGUGUUCAGGAUAUUGACAGGUCAGAGUUGUACAGCUCUCCUUCUGCCAAAAGUCAUAGCAGUUCCACAGAAAGCAACUUGAAUGCCAGUAGUAAGAUAGCUCUCGCUGCUGGUGGCCAAGUACCCUCAGGCGGCUCAAUUAGUCGGUCUCAAACGUCGUCAGUUCCUAAGAAUCCCGCUAGUCUUCAGGAUACUGAUAGCUCCGAAGUUUCCAUCUCGUUUCCUUCCGCCGAAAAAGCUGACUGUUCCACAGAGAGCAUGUCGAACACCAACCACAAAGUAGGUCUCGCUUCUGGUGGCAAAGCGGCCUCAACUGGCUCCAUUAGUCAGACUCAAACGUCGUCAGCUCCGAAGAGUCUUCAGGAUAUUGACAGCUCCGAGACAUCCAACUCGUCUCCUUCGGCCGAAAGACCUGACAGCUCCUCAGGAAGCACGUUGAACGCCAUUAGCAAGUUAGCUCUCGCUUCUGGUGUCCAAGCACCCUCAACAGCCUCCAUUAGUCAGUAUAAAAUGUCGUCACUUCCUAAGAAUGCUGGUAGUCUUCAGGAUAUCGACAGCUCGAAGACACUCAACGUGGUUCCUUGUGCCGAAAGUCUUUGCAGUUCCUCUGAAAGCGUGUUAGACGACAACAGUUCGGUGAAUCUCUCUUCUGCUCGUAAAAUUCCCUCACCUGACUCUGUUAGACCCUCUGCGAGACCUCCGUCCCCUAAUAUUGCAGAGAGGGUCCCAUAUUUUGAAACCUCCCGUGUCUCUGAACCUGUUCAAAGGCUGAGCGAUGACUUACCUGCCAGCAAUACAUUUCAGAAUCUUCCUGUCAGUAACUUGCGUGCCACUUCUUCUGUUAACUCCCAAGCAAGCGUUUCUGAAAGGCUGGACAAUGUUGCUAGUGUAGAUACCUCUGCGACAUUUCAACCUGCCAACAAGCCAAAAACUGAUUCAGCUGCUAGCUCCUCCUUUGGGGAUCUUCCUGCCAGCAAUAUUCCAGCGAGACUCUCUGCUGACUGCCAAGAAGAGAUUUCUCCUACCAGUGAUCCUCGUUAUCCCAUCAGUAGCCUUGCACCUGCGUCUACUGGGCUCGGAUUGUACAAUACCGUCAACAAUUGGCUUUGUACCAGGCCUUUCUACAGCCCUCCAGCCAGCAGUGGCAGUGGUAGCCUUCCGUUUACAAUGACAUACUCAACUCACAAUUCUAACAAGGGCAAGUUUGGUCUUUCCAUAAGCACCCCGUUUACUGGUCUUCCUGUAGAUAGUUUCUCACCUGACAUUUUGGCUCACUUCAGCAACGUUAUAGACACUGCUCACUGUGUAUCUCUCGCCGACGGGCUGGCCAACUUCACUCCGACUCUGCGACAGCUGUCACUCGAUGAAUGUAAUAAGGUCAUACCAUUCUUGACGGCCUCGGAUCGGGCAGACGCUGCCCACAUCCCCGGCACUCCAGUGUGUGCAGUUGUCGGUCCAUUUGCUGUUGAGGCAGUUACCGGCACUUCCGCCGCCACAAGCAGCCAGUCACCAAACACCGUCGUCUUUGGUGGCGUUCCUGUCCGCGUGUUGGCGCCACCAACUACACAGCCUAAGAGCCAGUAUCCAGGCUCCAUCAACUUUGAUGGCAUUCCUGUAUCUACCGCUGUCCAACGGGCAGCAGUACCAGUGAAUCCUGCUUACAACAUCUUCAACUUUGGUGGCGUCCCUGUUCAUACUGUAGGCCAAUCCGCAGCUGUGCCACUGAGUGUGACAUCAAACACCGUCAACUUCUAUGGUCAGACUGCUGGCCCUGUUGUAUUAUCAGUCAACCAGGCGCCAUCACGUUCUCUGAUGUCCCUGCUCGCGUACCAGGUGCUGCGUGCUGUUAGCUCGUGA